GGAGAGGGUCAGUGCUGGUGGGGGAGGCAUCAGCCCCGCAAUGGGGCUGCGCAGUGUUUUAGCUUGAGGCUGGAGAAAGGUGCAUGUGGGCUGUGGGCUGUCAGGGGGACAGCACUGAUCUAGUGUGUUAUCCCUGCCCUAAACCCCCCACAUCCCCCCAGACAGUUGUCACCCAUCCAGGACUUUCAGGUCAGUGUCGGAAGCUGUUGGCAUGGGGAAGGUGAGGAGCCAUGGGUCAGGACCUCAGCCACAUCUCCAGCACCACUUUGAUCUCCGUCCCUGCUUUGUUACUGCAUCUCCCCAUACAGGGAAGGUCUGAGCUGGGGAGCCCGGGGCAGGUGCCUUGUUACAGCACUGGAGUUAUUAAUAGCAGCAAGCAUUCUCAGUGCCUUCAAGCCAAGUCCAUUUGAGGGGGAUUCCAGCCAUUCGAAGUAUGUUUCCCCUCUCUGGGAUCCCUUGGGCACCUUAUCUCCCUCUCCCAGCUGCGCAGCCAGUGUGUGCCGGAGCCCCUGGAUGAGCCACAGUGCUAAUAGUCUUUCCCGCGCCGUCAGCCCGGCAGUGUCUGGCUGGGUGAUGGAGGGCACCCUGCUGCCUGAUCAUGUGGGAGACGAGUUCACAUCCCAGCUCAUCCCUACCGUGUUUCCUCCCAUCACUGUGCCGAGCCGGAGCUAUUGGCAGUAGAGAGGACGCUGAUUGCAAGGAAAUUAGCCUUGUGCCAUCUCCAAUUUAUUUGAGCCCAACCUGUGCAUGAUUGCACGGGGCUUGUUAAUUUGUCGCUGUCACUGUGGCUUGGUGCAAGGCUUUGAGCAUGGCAAGGCUGGAGGGGAACAUGCUGGGGGUCCGGGACAUGCGGCAGCCUGUUGGCCAUGGCCUCCCCUGGAGCAGAUUUGGGAGCAGGGCUGGCAUUGCUUGUGGCCAGGCUGAGAUUUUUCCCAGCCUCACAGUUCAGGAGGCUCCGGUGAGGCUCGGAGUGGGAGCUGGGGCAGACCUGGGAACGCAGAGUAGUGUGCUAGGGAUGGAAACCCCCGGUGCUCCCUGUGAGGUGCUGUGGGCAUAGGGCAGGGUGGGCAUCUGAGGUACAAAAAAAGAUGCCCAUUCAGGUUAAGGACAUGCUGUGGCUGUGUUGUGCCCCAGUGCGAGCUGUGCACUCCCAGAUGGUGAUGACCCACCUGGAUGGCUGUGCUCUUUGGAGGUCCUGGCAGCUGUGCUGCCCCACUGCCUGAUAUAACCUGGGUGCCACCUGUGUUGCUGUGCUUUGCAAACCCAACAAGCUCAGAAAUGGCCCCAGGUGCUCCAGGCAGGCUGUGGUUAUCCUUGCUUACCACUCAGUAAUUCUCAAUGUGUCAGUCCUAUAAUCAGGGCUGGGCUCAGCUCCUGGCUCUUUUCCCUUUCGCAUGCCUCCGUUUCCCUGCAGAUGUUGUUCUUGGUCUUUGCUCUCCCUUUGCUCCUGCAUGGAGGCUCUCAGGGUGCACCCAAGAGCCUGGAUGGGGGUGAUGGAGCCCGUCCCUCCUGUCUGGUCCCCUCCUCCCCGCCACUGCUACCCUAUGUGUGGGGGCGAUUAAUUAUUCACACCCCGGCAGGCGGGGGUGUCUGCAGCUGCCUGCGUGAUGCCAAUGGGGCUGACAUGCCACUGAGCACAGAGAGCUUUUCUGUGUAAAUCCCUGAAAUAUUUAGCAGAACUGACUUAAAAAAUGCAGCUUUGGAGAAGCUAGUGCCUUGGCACAACCUGGAGGCCUGGGGGCCCUCAUGGGGGGCAAUGGGGGUGAUGAAUGCACCAGGGUGAUCCCUGGGGGACUCUGGCCCCAAUUUUUGCCUCACACCCACCACCCAAGUUGCUGGUAGACCUUGUGUCUGUCUGUUCAUCUGAUCACCUAUCCAUUUGGUCUUUCUUCUUGUCUCUGCCUUGAGACAGUGGGGGUAGCCCCAUCCUUUCCCUGCAUUGCAGGGGUGCUUUGCAGCUAAAUGUUGGCUGGGGCAUGUCCCGGUCCCCAGCGGGUGCCACCAGAGCCAAGCUCUUGCCCUGUCACCUGCUGUGUGCUGGCUGCUUGUAGUUUGUUGCUGAGGGACCAGUGCACAGUGUUGGGCUGGGUUCCUUCCCUGGCAGCGCCUUCCUGAGCAGACGGAUCACGCCACAUGCAUUUUUUAACAAGAUGCAUCGGCUGAGAACGAACCGAGCUGUCGCUGCAGGUUUGUGAUCAAAGCCAGACAUGCCCUGGCAGCCCGGGGGAGUGUGGCCCUGCACGCCACCCUCUCCAUCACACGGCCAAUUUACGGGGCAUUUGUUCCAGCAUCGUGGGUGGGGAAUCCGGCAGCAUCGCAGGUUGCAGAUGUGUUGCCCCUGCAUCCCUGAAGGUACCAGGAUGGCCAGCGCUCUCCUGCCUGGCAUGAUGUGGCGAUUCCUGACCUGAGCAUCUAAGAACGGGGACAGCCACAAUGCAGAGCUGGUGCUACUGUUGGGCUUUGUGCACAGCCCUACACACCAAAAUUGCACCUUUUCUGGGAGUUGGAGCAAGCUGGGUUCGCUGACAGCCAGGGUGAGGUAGGAAAGAGUUUGUGCUUGUCCUGGGAUGUGUUUUGGGCCAGACUGUCAAGGGAUCAAGAGGUGGUAAGGGAUGCAGGGAGCUGUAGCCAGCUCUGGAUGGCAAGGCACAUGGAGGCAGUCAACUGUACCAUGGCAGGGCUGCCCUUGGCCUUCACAAACAAGCUCACCCAUUCGUGGAUGCUCUCUGGACCUCGCCAAAGUAGGAACUGUGUGCGGCCCCAUGCUCUGUAUGUCACAGAACCAAGCCCUGGGGUGCAUGGCCAAAGGCUGCGUGGGCUCACGGUUAGAGCACACUGCUCUUCCAUGGCUGUCUGCCCUGCUCUGAGGCUUUCUCUCACCUCCUUGUUCAGUUUGCUUCUGACCCCCUUACCCCCAGGCCAGUGGGGUGGAGGGCACCUGCAGUGGGCUCAUGCAGCGUGGUUGUGGUUGUGCUGUAUGUUUCUCUCUGCAGGCACCAGUAGAGCCCCCAGGCUGCACUUUGCAGUGACAGCACAUCCCAUGUUACAGCUGCUGCAAAUCCUACCUGCUAAUAGCUAUGCAAAUCACCUCAUUAGCUGCCUGAUUUAUUUUCUCUGGCAUCAUGUUUUCAGAAUUUCCCUAAGUCCCUGAGGCUGCAGGUCCUCAGGGCUGGGAGGAGGCAGGAGCAGCAACAGGACACUCAGGUAGGGCUGGCUGCAUCGAGCCUUUCUCUGCAAUGGCAGCGGUGUUUGGCUCCCAUGGAGCCACCUGCUCUCAUACUGUGUGUUUGGGACCAGGAACUCACUUUCCACAGUCUCUGCUGCUGGGAUGUUCCCCUCCUCAUCCCUCAGCAUGCUCUGGCUCUGGGGUGAGUCUUGCUGAGCCGUCCCUCCAGCCAGGAGGCACAGGGCUACAGGGUACUCUACAUCCUUCUCACCCUGAUUGCCUUUCCUCCUUGAGGGAGGUGUUGUUGGUGGAUGCUGUCACAGGGGUCUGCCCUCUGCCAGCCCCAGGAUGACCCCAGAGAGCCCCCUGAUGCCCUGGUCAGGGUGGCCCUGGCCUGGAACCCUGUUCUUGUCCUGUCCCUGGGGCAUGUGGACUGGGCUGAAAUGCUUUGAAACCUGAGCACCAUCCGGGGCUGGCAUAGGCAGGAAUGGUCCCUGAGCACCAGCAUGGUGCCCCUUGGGGAUGUCCGUGUCCCUGCCCAUGCUGGUUGUGCACGCAAGCAUGUGGUUGUCUGCAAGUAUUACUGUCUCCUGGUUGCAUUUUCCAGGGGUGUUCACAUGCCCACAACACCUAUGACAGCAGGACAGGUUUUGCAUGAGCAGCAAGGGACCCAUGUCUUAAGUCCUGUCCCUGACCUAGCCACUCGAUGGACUUGUCUUUGCCAUGCUGAGCUGCCUGAAAGCAUUGUGUCUGCUCUCUGCCUUCUGUUUAUCUUGUAUUUUCCCCCUUCUUUUUGUGGCUGUGCUAAUGAAUAUUUUAUGGCCAGGAACCAGCAUGAAUUCCCUUGUCUGCCUGCAGUGCUCCUGAAGCAGGUACCAGCCCAGAUGUCAGUGCCUUAGGAAGGACAUGCCUGCCAAGAAGCUGUCCCAGGAGUAGAGGACUUGGGCAGGGAAGGAAGCAAUGGCUGUGAUGUGGAUAGCUGUGUCAUGUCCCCCUCUGCAGUGGUGUUGUCACUGUCCCAUCCAGCCUGAGAGAGACUUCCAGCAGAGUGUGCUGGCACUGUGUCUGUGCAUGGAUUGGCCUUCACGGUUCCCAUGUAUCCUUGCACACGCGUGCACGGCCUUGUCCAGGUGGCCAUGCGUGCUCCGACACAACUGCACAUGUCUCCUCCUGUCCCCCGUGUGCCAUCCGCCGCCACAGCAGUCUGAAUGAACCAUGUCCCCGGCUCACCUCCCCUUGGCCCCGCCGCUGCUGCUGCGCUGUGCGGGGGCUCCUCUUAGCGUCAGACAGCAGCAACAGCACCGUGGCAGGCGCAGCCCGCGGGUCGGGCCGAGGCACCACACGGGCGCUACGUGGGCUGCCCUGGGCUGCUGUGCAUCCAAGCUGGAGGUGACCCAGCACAGCCCCAAAAGCUGCAGGCGGGCAGCUGUCUUUCCCCUUCCCAUUGCCGCGGUUCUAGCAAUGCCGUGUCUCCUUUCAGUAGCCCAACAGGUUUUCUGGGGACACAGGCUGGCUCAAAAUAUCCCUUUGAGAGGUGAUGUCCUUUGCCCUUGUGAGACACUGUGGGGCCUGGAGUUUGCCUGUAUCUGGGGCAGGGGCUUGGAGACCACUGGCCUCAUGGGGGCAACAACUUUGGGAGAAGCACAGGUGAGGCAGGAGGCUGGCAGGGUGCUCCCUGCAAUGGCAUCUGUGGUGGCUGUGACCCAGGUGACAGAUUGCCAGAAAGAAAGUGUGUAAGAGUGGGCUCAACAGCCCUGAUUUGUUGUUUGUGAUUUCUGCUUUGUCUUUCUGGGGGAGAGGUACAUCAGUGACCAAGUGGCUUUGCUUCCCUUGUGCAAGGGCAAGACAUGUGGUCCCUGGUGCCAGCCUGAGGAGCGCAUGCUUGGAGGGAGCCCUGGGAUGGGAGCAAACUGACUCGCAUCUCUCAGCAAUGCACUGUCCUUGCAAAAUACCUGCUGAGACUUGCCAGGUGCAGGAUGCACGGGGACGAGGACAGUCCCCUGGCUCAGCCCAUCUGGUCCCUGUGAGUUUCUGUCUUGGUAUCAGUGCAUGAAGGCCUCUCUGGAGAACUGAGGACCAACCUGGAGGGUCAUGCUGCUUUAAAAAUCACUGUCCAGUUCUGGACUGGUUGUAGCACCUGGGGAUGCUGGUGGGCAGCCAAGCCUGGAGGUGGGGUGGGUGACAUGAGUGCUGGGCUCUUCUCUUCCACUGUGUCCCUGCAGGUUGGCAUGGGGUGGUCUCUGCAUGCUGAUGGGGUGAUAUGCGAGUUCCCCUGUCCCACACGACCAUCACUAUCAGGGUGCACAGGGCAGUGCUUGCAUGUCCAGCCUUCCCGGGACAUGCUGGGAUGGAGCAACCUUCCUGCCCAGGUGGGAUCUGGCUCACAAGGAGCUGGAUGGUGGGUUUGGGAUGGAUCUGCAAACUUUGCUUGCUGUCGCGUCCUGCGGACUCUGGCACCCUCCUGUGGCUGGUCUGCCACCUCUCCUGUAUCCCACGGGCUUUUGGGAUGCUGUGGCUGCAUUGGGCUGAGUUGUGCUGGCUGGUCCCGCGGUGACGCAGUGGUAUCUCUCUCAGCGUGGGGGGAGUGCUGCUUUUGUGGGAUUUGGCCUUGUGUCACACAGCUCAAGGGUCGUUUCAAGAAACUGUCCCAGUGUGUUUGUGUUGUGGGUUUGAGCCAAGAGUGGGGCUCCUGGAUACAGUAGAUAAGGACUGAGGGUCCUAAACCCGUGAGCUGCCCCCAGAAGGUGGCAGCAGGGGACUGGGCACCACUGACAGACAAAAUUUCUGAGCUUUAUUCUGUGGGCAGGUGGUCUGCAGGGAAUAGGUUCAGUUGGGGUGUUGCAUUCAUUGACUGGCCCUGCAGCUGUGCUCCUGUGUCCACUGAGAUGACCACUCUGCUUCAGCUGUCCCCUUCCUCCUGCAGGGCUGAUGACCCUUGCAGCCCUUUCCUGGCCCAGGGCUUUGUGGGUGUGUUAUUGUAGGGUUGCAAACAUCUUCUCUGUUGUGUGUCACACCUUGCUGUAGUGUCUCCUCAAAACUUGCUUAGCCCUGCACUGACUGGUGCAGCAUCCCCUGGUGCCUGUUCCCCACUGCUCCAGGGCACUGUCUGCCAUGGUCUGGGGGCUCUCUGUUUGGGGGACUGCCCCCCUCUACAGGGGCAUAGCCAGCAUAAUAGACAGGGGCGGCUUGGGUUGGAGGGGAUGGCCCUUCUUUUAAGGAACCAGAGGUGAGGUUACCCCAUACCAAGGCCUGGAGGGGCUCAUGCCCCAUCCCUUGUUGAGGCAUCAAUAGGGACUGGGUAGUCUGACUGUUCCUGGCUAGAUCACACCUGUACCCCCUUUCCCAUCCCUGAGGGACUCAAAGUUGUAUUUUCCAUCAGGUCUCUUUUUCUUCGCUUCUUCCACCAUUAAUAAGAGAUGAGGCUUAUGAGAUAAUAGAGCCUGGAUGGAUGCAGAGCCAAGAGAUCCUGCUGGUGCAGGCUGUGGAUGUGAUGUGGAGAGGGAACUGCAGCUGGAAAAAUGGGACUUUGAGAAGGGAUGCAGUAGCCAGUCUGCACAGAGCAUCUUGGGCUGGCUCUGAGAGCAGGGAAAUCCCACUGCUGCCACGUGCCAGACUCUCUUCUGGCUCUGACAUACUGUGCAAGCUAGCGACUCACUGCCAGGCUGAGCUUUGGAGUGAGCAGCUCUCAGCCCUGACAGUCUGGGAGUCUGACUCCUCUUUCUCCCAUCCUUGCACUGAUUCUCUUCUCUUCCCAUACGUGGAGCCAGUGGGAGCGGGUGGUUGGUGCCAGGGAUGCAGGAUGCUCGCAGUGCUGGAGGGCUGAUGCUUGGGGAUGCAGGACGUUUGCACUGCUGGAGUGCUGUUGCCACAGGGAUACAGGACACUCACAGCUGGCUGGAGCAAAUGAUUGAUGCCCAGAGAUACGGGAUGCUCAGAGCACUUGGUAGUGGGAGCGGAGCGCUGAUGCCCAAGGCAGUACAAUGCUCUCCGUGCCGGCUCCCCUCCGGAAGGAACACCCUUCCCUGCUCUUGGAAAGAGGCGGCCCUGGGAUGCAGCAGUGCCUCAUUGGUCAGCGGGACCUGUGGAGUCUGCGAGUUGCCAUACCAACCUGCCUCUGGUUCCUGGCCAGCCGGGGCGUGAAGUGCCGAGUCGAGCUGCUGGCAAGGGGCGGACCAGGAGCCGGGGCGACCCGGGGCUCUGCCAGUCAGGAAGACGUCCCCGUGUCUCCCGGAGAGCUGGCUGGCACCGCUGGGGUCCCCGGCCCCGAGCGUCCUCCUGCCGCUACUCCCUGCAACUUUGCUGCACGGAGGGGGCCGACGGGCUGGCACGGCGGGGGCGUUACCCAGGCACCCCGCUCCCUCACCGAGCUUGUGGUCAGCUUUUGUGACCCUAAGCCCUGGGAGGGGCAUCGACGCCAGCUCCGCGGCCCCUUUGGAUUGCAGCCAGCCUGCACAGGAGCAUCCCAGCCCAAAACUUGCCGGCCGGCAGCCUGCCGCCUGGGAGCGGGGCCUGGCGGCUGCCGCGCUGCCGGGCGCUAUCUGCGCCCUCCCCGCCGGGCUGGACCUGCAGCCGAUGUCCGCAGGUCCGCUCCGGGCAAGGAAGGCUCUGUCCUCUCCCGGGCAUCGCCUGCUGCUCGGAGGAGCUGAGGGACUGUUUGCCGGCUGGGAGGGGGGCGUCUGGGUCCCUCCCCAGCGCUGUGAGCUGGAGCCAUGAGCCACUGCCAGCAGCGCUGCAAGAGACAGCUGGGCCGGGUGAUUCGCUUCUUCUACCAGUUUGUCACCGGGACCCUCUCCCAAGACAGCGUUGAGGAUGAGUUUGAGCUCUCCACUGUCUGCCACCGCCCUGAGGGGCUGGAGCAGCUCCAGGAGCAGACCAAGUUCACCCGCAAGGAACUGCAGGUCCUGUACCGGGGCUUCAAGAAUGAGUGCCCAAGCGGCAUUGUCAAUGAAGAAAACUUCAAGCAGAUCUACUCACAGUUCUUCCCACAGGGAGACUCCAGCACGUACGCCACCUUCCUCUUCAAUGCCUUCGACACUGACCAUGAUGGCUCUGUCAGCUUCGAGGACUUUGUGUCUGGGCUGUCCAUCAUCCUGCGGGGCACCAUUGAUGACCGCCUGAACUGGGCCUUCAACCUCUACGACCUGAACAAAGAUGGUUGCAUCACCAAAGAGGAAAUGCUGGACAUCAUGAAGUCCAUCUAUGAUAUGAUGGGCAAAUACACCUACCCAGCCAUGCGGGAGGAAGCGCCCCGGGAGCAUGUGGAGAACUUCUUCCAGAAAAUGGACCGAAACAAGGAUGGUGUGGUGACAAUCGAGGAGUUCCUGGAGUCCUGCCAGAAGGACGAGAACAUUAUGCGGUCCAUGCAGCUCUUUGACAAUGUGAUUUAGUUCCUGGACCUGCCUCCAGCUGAGCUCUCCUGCCACCAGGCCCAGAACCUGCUUCUCUCUCGACUUUUCCUUUGAGCCUCCCCUCCACCAGCUGCACAGGUGCCCUGGCAGGAAGGGGCUUCCCUUCCUGGGCACAAGGUUGGCAUUGGGAUCUUCCCUUCCCCCUGGGCCAGCUCCACUUUCCUUGGGUAUUCCCAAGCAGGUACUCCCAGAUGUUGAGGUAUGAACACGGCUGGCACGGAGCGAGUGUUUGGCCUGAACAAACCUCCCUGCACCCAUUCCCGGUGGGGAAGCUGCAGUCUUGGUCUGCUGUAGAGGUUUCCCCCCAUGCAGAGCACCCUGUGCAGCCAUGGCUUCCCCAUCCCUCGCCCUCCCCAACCCUGGGAGCCCCCAGCACUGGCUCCAGGCAAAACCCUCCAGCAAUGCUGUCUAGAAACCAAUAAAGUUUUGCAAUGGAUGCCACCAGAUUGGCUUCCUCCCCUGCCCCAGCUGUGGCCUGAUAAGGGGAGCAUGUCUGGCACAUUGACCAUGAGCUGCUGGCUGCCCUCCUUGCCCAGCCCCUGGGUGGGUGGGUGGGCAGAGGGGCUGUGCCAGGAGAAAGCAGCCUCAUGAGCACUUGGGGUUCAUUACUGCAUGAGCUGUGGGGAGCAGCCCCUGAUCCGGGUGGGCCCCAGUUGGACCUAGGAGGCUCAUCCUGACCUGGGCAGAGGGGAGACUGAAGAGACCCUCAGGUGCCUUCUUGUGGCACUGGUCUGCCCAGGAUGGGUUGGGAGAGCUGCAACCUCAGCCCCUGUCCUUCGAGUUCAGGGUGCUGGUAUACAGGGGACCUUGGGGACCCAUUUUGAGGCUCUGAUGGAGAGACAGCCUUACCACCCUUCCCUGAGGACAUGGCAGCCAGGACAUGGGGACAUGCAGUAGAGGGAGACAUGCUGGGCUCUGGUGUCCACCCUGGCCCUUGGCUCUCACAGCCAUGUUCCUGGCAUUGUUUGCAGUGUAGGAGGGUCUUGCUGGGGCUUUUCUGCUGACCUUCCCUGCUCCUGUGCCCUGGCCUGUCCCAGCCCACCAAGGGGGCUGGGGAGCAAUCAGUGGGGCAGAGGUGUUCCCACAGGCAUAGCCCUGUGCUGGGGACACAGCUGAGCUGGCAGCUCCUCAGGGAGAAAGUCAAGGCUGGGGCUGGCCAGGAGUCAGUGCUGUGCCACCAGCAGGCUGGAGGGAUAUCCUGGGGUGGGCUGGGCUCAGCCUCUUCUCCUGGUGCAGCCAUGCCCUGGGGUAAGAGCCUGCUUGGACACCUCAGGGAUGGAGCCAGCAUCCUGGGGCUCCCCGCAUCUUCACCACCAGCUCCUCAGAGCUGGCUAUGUGCAGGCAGGCCUGUCCUGCCCAUACACCCUUGAAGCCCUAGCUGGGGCAGUGAUGCUCAUGGGCUAAUGAACCCGUACCAACCCCUGAAGCCUCUCUGUGUAAUCCCACAGGCAUGGGGAACGUACCCAGUGCGGGCAGCCCUGGCUCUGCUGCUGCAGUCUCUGCAUCCUUAGCAACCAAGGGUGAUCAGGGCUGGCCUGAGCUGUGGUGUCUGGGGUCAACAGGGGAGGGGUGAGCAAGGCCAGUACUUGUAUUGGGCCAGGCCCCAGACCCAGGCUGAGCCCCUGGUGUCGGAGCCAUUAAAAACCCCCUCCCAGGGCCAUGAGCCAAAGCUACAGGGCUGCUUCCCAGGGUCACCACCCACGAUCCAGCCCUUGCAGACAUGAUGUGUUUUUUAGGUUCAUUCAAUACGUUGUUCAUCUCACAGUCCUGUCCAUGGGUUUGCCAUGUGGCCAAGCUCCCACCUGCAGUCUCCCAAGGGUGGGAUGGCAGGUAUCCUGACCCUUGCCUCUCAUUCUCCCCUGUCCUCCCUACACCCAGGUUCUCUGGGUUAUCCAUUGUCCCCUGCCACGCGGAGCAGAUGCCACUUACUCCCUCACACUGCAGGUCGCAUGGUGUGACCCCCCCCCACCCUGGGGCAUGGUGACCCACAACCCGCUUGGUAUCUCCAGUCUGUAUAUUUUGUAUUAUAACAAUAAUAUGGGUUUAAAACAAACAAAACAAAAAUAAAAUCUAACCACAAUCGCUAUGCACA